UGCCUCUAUCGCGACACUACCAAACCAUCCUUCGUGCUGGCCGUUGACCGUCCCGACAACUCGUCGUUGCCAUGCACAAUGCUGGAGGCCCUCGGGCGAAUAUGCUGAGCAACACGGACCUGUACCACAUGAAGCGCAUGAGCGAGACGCGGGGGUCGUUCACUAACCGCAAGAGCCAUGUCAGCACGUCCAGCAUGCGCGGCAGCACGACGUCCCACAACCCCCACCCGCCGUCGGAACAAGGCGACUUGCCACCGCCCCCCGACUCGCUCCCACUUCGCAGCGGCUCGACAAGCCACUCGUCGUCGACUGGCUCGUGGAAAGACUCGGAUAUUUUUUUGUUCCAGGAAAUGCCCAUGGGCGGCCUCAAGCUCGACUACGCGCCGCCCCCAAAGUCAUACUCGGGCGACAGCAGCAUCGACUCGGCCAAAAUGCAAGAUAUUGUUCGCCGUAUCCAUCGCGAGAUGAUCUCGGAACUCGGCAUGAUUGAAGCCAACGUGCCGUUCGACGGCGAUGAAGCCAAAUUUGCCGACCACCCGUGCCAGUGCAAGACCGCCACCAUCUUCCACACGGCCGACUAUGACGUGGCCUCCCGACUCAUUGUGAUCGUGCCGUACCGCGAGGCCGGCAUCUGGAGUCGAAGCAUCUGCAUGAACAGCGCGUCCGCGGACGAAGACGCCGGCAACAUGCUCAACUACCUCCGCAAGGCGAUUAUGGAAGGGUAUGGCGUCCUGAUCAUGAACCCCGCCGCGCAGGCGUGCCACUCCAAGGUCCACGUCGGCACCGUGUGGGACCACUUUGUCAAGCCGUACGAGUCGGAGCUGUUUGUGAUUGCGUACUCGCGCGGGUGCCAGAACGUGAUGCAGCUGUUGAACCACGACAAUGGCCAUGGCGGAAUGCAGGACCGGCUGCGCGCGCUGUGCUUUAUCGAACCGAGUCAUUACGUAAGCGACAAGGACACGUACUUUGCGCGCCGCAUGCUCAGUCGCCGCGCUGUCGCGUGGCUCUUGUCGAUCGAUGUCCCGCCCGGGCAAAAGAUUGUGUCGACGGAAAAGCGCCACGGGUGCAUUUGCAUCUCGGCCGGCGCGAUUCCGUCCAGUGUACAGGGAAGCUCCGGCGGGUGGGCGCUCCGUGCCGUCAUGACGUCGGUGUUUGGUGUGUUUGCCGCGCGCGUCGGUCAAGCGAGCGGCACAACCAAGCUGACGUCGCUGGACAAGAGCAAGACCGGCGGGUGUGGGCUCUGCCAUCGAAAGAUGGGCCUCCUCACGCGCAAGAACCAGUGUGCGUGGUGUGAAGUCAAGUACUGCGCCAUGUGCUGCGAAGACAAGAACGUCCCGACGUUCAACCUGUGGGGCGUGUGCAAGCUGUGCCAAGUCCUACCGUGCCUCAUCGAUCCGCGCAAGAAGGGCGGCAUCAAGGUCCCGACAACGACCAAGGCGUUCACGAACGACAUGGACUUGAUUGACCGGUGCUCGAUCUUUAUCCAACCCGACAAGAUUGACGAUUUGUGUUUGUCCGAUUUUGAAAUCGUCAAAUUCAUCGGGCGCGGCGCGUGUGGCCGCGUCAAGCUCGUGCGGAAAAAGCACGGCGCGGACGAAGGCUCGUUUUACGCGAUGAAAUCGAUCAAGAAGCGCUUGGUUGUGGCGCGUGGUCUGGUCGAAGCCACCAACGCGGAGCGCCGCAUCCUCGACCGCAUCAAGCACCCGUUCAUUGCGACCCUCUGCUACGCGUUCCAGAACGACGCCAAGCUGUACUUGCUCUCCAACUAUUACCCGGGCGGCAACCUCCUCGACCAAAUGCGCCUCGUCCGCAACUUCACGGAAGACCGCGCCCGGUUGUACGCGGCCGAGGUCGCGCUCGCCCUCGGCCACUUGCACGCGAACGACAUCAUUUACCGCGACCUCAAGCUCGAGAACGUCCUGUGCGACUCGGAAGGCCACAUUGCGUUGACCGACUUUGGCAUGUCCAAGGAAAACAUCAAGGCGACAGACCGCACGUCCACGUUUGUUGGGACGUACCAGAUGAUGGCGCCCGAUAUCUUAACCAACAAACCGUACACGCGCGCGAUUGACUGGUGGGCGCUCGGCGUGAUGGUGUUUGAAAUGAUUGAUGGCCGGACGCCGUUCAACGCCAAGACGAACCAGCUCAUCAAGGACAAGAUCCUAACGUUUGACGUGCCAUUCUCGGACCGGUUUUCGAAACACUCGAAAGCGUUUGUGCAGGGCUUGCUCCAAAAGAAGCCGGAACACCGCCUCGGGUGCGGUCCCGACGGCGUCGACGAGAUCAAGCGCCAUCCGUGGUUUGCCUCGAUCGACUGGGCCCAAGUCGAAGCGCGCCAGGCCACGUUUAGCCCGGACCAGGCCACCCUCAUGAAGUCGUACGCCAAAGAGUACGCGACCGUCGACGUGUUUGACACGUACAUGCAUGCCAACGAAAUUGCGUGCGACACACCGACGUCCGUGCGCGGGUCGACGGCCGGCAACGAUCUCUUUCAAGACUUUGACUACAACCACCUGACACGACUGAGCGCGUCGUCGUCGUCGGACAGCGAUCGACACGCGAUGGCCGGUGGCGACCCCGACUUUGACAUCCAACUGCUGCGCCCGGACGUGUCCCCCAAACAUCGCGACGACGGCGCCGUCGAUGAUGAGAACGGGUCGAACCACUCGUCCAGCACGAUCGUCGCAACGUCGUCAGAGGACGACCUGAACAGCCCCGUGCAUUUGACCACAGUCCACCACGCCCCAGCCACCACCACGACGACGACGUUGUUCCCGGUAGAUUGCAACGUCACCAUGCUGUAAUGGACGACGGGUGGGUCGCACCAUCCCCCGAUUGUCGCGUCUGUCGUAGCUUGUAACUUUGCGUGUAAUUCCGUUUGUGCCAUCGUCACGUGGGUACUAGGUCGACGGGACGCCGUCUCACAGUGCG